AUGAACUCUACCAAAUCCCGCUCCUCAGCUGCGCCGGCUGCGCCCAAAGAUCAAAAGCAGAGCUGGUCCAGCAGUGUGCUGGGAUUUCUCAAAGCCCAUGUUGAGUUGGUUCUCUUCAUCUUGGGCUGGACCGCUCUCGGCCUCUUGCUCAUCCUGUACUUUCACGGACGGACGUACCGCGUUGGAUAUCGCAGGUCGUUGCGGCCGUUCUUGCCGCUCCACCAGGUUGAGGUAUCGUUCCUCAUCGCUGCCAUCGAUGCUGUCAUUAAGGCCUUCUUCACGACAUGGUGUACAAUUGUUGCUUGGCGUACCAUCUACAUUCUACUCUUCACUCGCGGCACGACGCUCAAUGAGAUUUCUUCUAUUGCCUUUCCUCUACCCCCAUCAUUGAAUCCUUUUCGCUCUAGCCCCUACCGGCCGAUCUCGUUGGCUCUUGUCAUCAUCAUCUCCCUGUCCCUCCCAGCGCAAUACCUCUCGACUCCUCUCCUGUCCGGCAGCAUCGCCUGGACGCCGACACAAUUCGAGGGCAGGAAGGGCUCUGUCCAGAUCCCCAGGGCCGGAGAGUCUCGGGCCUGGGACGAAUACAAUCGGUGGAGUGAAGUACGCGAGAUUUUGAUGCUGAGAAGCGCAUCAAUUGCACUCACAACAAACGCCGACUCCCUUGACAGAAACAAUGCGGCACCGCGCAGGAACAUGGGCUAUUACACCACAUUUCCAGUCAACUCUACGGUUAAAAAUGUCAACUUUCCGUAUUUCAUCGUUGACGAUAUUGAAUGGGUUCAGGACCCCGAAAAUGAAGUGCCCAAAAAGUUGAUAUCCGCCAUACAAGAUGAUAAUCUGGGUCUGCUUAACAUUAGUAGCCCGGCGGGUGUCAUCACGCGGUCUACUAUUGGGAACAUGGCCGUCCUUAGAGAUUACGCCUGGAGCGAGGCUCCCAAAAUCUCAUCAUCAUCAAGCACCUCCUCGAAAAUUGAGUAUGCAUUUCCGCGACAAGAAAACCAAAAAGUGAUGCAUGAGCUUUACGUCGCGGUUUUGGUUGACCGAUUAAAGAAUGUGCACCAAGUGGAGAGCUGGAAUCAGAGCUGCACAUCAUCGUCCAGCAUGUUUGGUGACAUGAAUGUGGCCAAUUUCAUCGACAUCAGGUACAACUUGGGCGGCAUGCCGUUUGCCAUCAACUGCUACGCAAUUGCAAAGAUCUCUGUGCGCGCCGGAUCUUACACAUUCAACAACAGCCGCGUCAUCUCCAGCGGAAUCUUUGAGGCUGUUGUCUCGGAUAAAGAGGCGGACGAGUUGCGAGCCACGCCUUCUAACUCGCGAGACUCAUUAACAAGUCAGAUAUUCGAGGCCAUGCCAGAGGUCAUGCUCAAUUUGGCCAUCAUCAGGCCGGUGGACUCGGCCCUUGACUUGACGGUCUACACCCGCGCCAUGCUGAAUAUUUCUUACGAAGCUACGUGGAACGUCAUGACCGACACAUUUCGCAUUCCCGAAUCCAACGAGGUGACUAUUCUGUACCCAGAGUCCGGAAUUAUCAUGCGCGUUUUGUGGAAGCCCUUCUUGGGUUGGAUCGCACUCGUUGCCUCAGCCUCCCUAUCGGGGAUUGCAUUCACCAUUCUGGUUUUCCGCGUUGAGAGCAUCUACGGCGUGCGAGUUGAUCUCCGAAAUACCGUCAUUGCGCCGCUGAGAUUGGAUAUGUCUGAUGCAUACGGCUCGAUGCCUGCUCUGUGCAACUUUACUAAGCCGUCUCGGUCGGAAAAGAAGGCCAGGCUGCAUUUUGCAAUCGGGGAUAGCUUCACAUCCCAGGAGCAAAAGCAUGAACAACACACUGACUGGUGUCGGAUGCGAGUUGUACAAGACAUACAGGAUGGUGAACUAAGUGAUACCGAACUUGAAGAGCUUGUUCCUCAUUCCAGAACCUAA